UGAAUGGUCCGGUGUCUUCUGGGACACAUGACAGGUCCGCAGUCUCUGGUAAUCUCCUUUUACUGUCUGCAGUCUCUGGUCAUCCCCUGUACUGUGUCCGCAGUCUCUGGUCAUCCCCUGUACUGUGUCCGCAGUCUCUGGUCAUCCCCUGUACUGUGUCCGCAGUCUCUGGCCAUCCCCUGUACUGUGUCCGCAGUCUCUGGCCAUCCCCUGUACUGUGUCCGCAGUCUCUGGCCAUCCCCUGUACUGUGUCCGCAGUCUCUGGUCAUCUCCUGUACUGUGUCCGCAGUCUCUGGUCAUCCCCUGUACUGUGUCCGCAGUCUCUGGUCAUCCCCUGUACUGUGUCCGCAGUCUCUGGUCAUCCCCUGUACUGUGUCCGCAGUCUCUGGUCAUCCCCUGUACUGUGUCCGCAGUCUCUGGUCAUCUCCUGUACUGUGUCCGCGGUCUCUGGUCAUCUCCUGUACUGUGUCCGCGGUCUCUGGUCAUCUCCUGUCCUAUGUCCGCGGUCUCUGGUCAUUCCCUGUACUGUGUCCGCGGUCUCUGGUCAUCUCCUGUACUGUGUCCGCAGUCUCUGGUCAUCUCCUGUACUGUGUCCGCAGUCUCUGGUCAUCUCCUGUACUGUGUCCGCAGUCUCUGGUCAUCCCC